UUGAAAACAAUGAACGUCUUUGACUGUGGACAAUUUUGAAGGCAGGCACUCAGGCUGACAAGAGGGGAAACUUGAAGUACCUUCCCCGGCGAAGAGCACCUGACUGAAUGCGCUAAAGAGCAAAAUCAGGGAACUUUUUAUUUAACAUUCUAUUCUGACUUUUUAUAAAUCCAUUUUUCACUUGGCGACAAAAAGCACAGUUGCAGCUCCUUCAGAUCUGCUUUUCAAAGUCUCUGAAGAAACGGGAGCGGUGAGCCAGCGCCACGAAACGGAUUAUCGACGAUCUUUCACGGCAUCACACAGAACCUCCAGGAUCACUGUUAAACCGCGUUGCCCGCAAGAACAACAGAUAAAGACAAUUUUGCACAUAAUUCGAUUUAACUGCAUUAUUUGAAGAGCUUGUGGAACUGGCCCGCAAGUGUUGAGCAACUUUAAAAGCAAUGGUGGGAAGACUGAACUUGCGGAAUGUGUGUGACGAUGAUCCGCUGGAGAUGAAUUUGAAAGCUGAUCGGCCGCUGGACAGUCCUGACUCCGGUCUGCCUCCGAGCCCGAGCCCGAGCGUCUGGUUACUGCAGGGCACUGCGGCUGGAACCCCGAUCACAGAAGACGAGAACAGAGGGACAGCUGUGGUUCCUAAUAAUCGCCAGUUGCAUGCAUUGUCCUAUGGAGAAGGAAUUGAACUUGAUCCUCUGCCACUAAAAGAAAUCAGAUACACGUCGUCAGUGCGUUAUGAUUCAGAUCGGCACUUCAUCCAGGACGUGACCCUGCAGCCCAAGGGUUUGAGUCUGGAGAUGUGCAGCCAGACGGUGUUGGCCCUGCCUCAGAGCACCUGGAGACAUUACAAGACCCAGCUGGAGUUCCAGCCCCGCCAGCGGGUGCAGCGCUACCAGAGCACCACUAUAGUGUACCCCAAACACACCCGGACCUUCUACACCACCCAGCUCAAUUAUGACGGGCACAAGCUGAACAAGCGCUUCUUCUCUGCUGUAGAGCUGCAGGCUUCUGAUUGCCAGGCUACUCUUUGAAAGACACUCGGGCAUCUGUGCCUGACAUUGCACCCCCAUAUGUACCAAUUAUAAACCACCGCCUGCAUUCAAUGAGUCCCAAGAGGAAAAAAGGAAACUCAGACUGAAAUUGUUGCAAGUUGGAAAGGGGAUCCCUAGAAAGACGUGCAGUUUUAGUUUGUUUAAGGUUGAAGGAGAGUAAACAACUGUGUUGUGUUGUUCUGUUUGAAGGUUUGGUUAGGAGUAGCGUAUGGAGAUCUGUAUGGGUUUUCUCCAUCAGUUCUCAAUGGUAAUGUACAAAAAUGGUUUUUAAUUGUAUGUAGGAAUGUGUAUGAUUAUUUAAUAGUGAGAUUCAAGUUUCAGAUAUUCUGUGCUGAUCUUGGACCAUCAUUGGUUUGAAGGUUAAUGUUGACACAUAGUUGGCCGAUAUUGAGAAAUGUGACUUACUGCAGAGCACUUAUUUACCCCAUCAUAAAUUGAGUAUUAGAAUAAUACAAUAGUGCAUUCUAGGGCUGGGUUACAAAAGAGUUUUUAGUACAUACCUUUCACAUGUUUCUAUUUAACAGGUUCAUUUUCACUGAGCUGUAGAAGUGUAACGUUCAUAUAUUAGGGCCUAAAUAGUGUUUUCUGUAAAAACAGGGUAUGUUAGUGUGUCUUUGCACAAGGGUGUAUCUGGGUUAAAACAUUAACUCCAUCUUAAACUAACCUUAUCUGCGUAUUUUUACUACUGUAAGUCUACAUUAGGACACUUAUGCUGUUAUUUUCUUUAUGUAAAGGCUAGCUAACUUCCACAGCUCUGCUUGUGAUGUUACUCGUCAAGGAAAAAUUAAAAACUGAACUCAAUUGUGCCUGAUACUGCAGACAGAAGUAUCUGUAGACCAGUGUUUGAAAUAAAUUAUAGUGUAAAUAACAGCAUUUCAGUUCAAAAUGUUUUUAUCAGUGGCAAAUUUCCCUAUUUAUUUCUUGUUCUUGUUUUAAUUCUCUUUAAUUCUGUGCACGAUCAUUGAUCAAGUGCUGGUUUUAGAUUCUGUAGCUGUGCUGUGUAAAAUUGUUAUUCUUUUAACUCAAAUUACUUUAAGAUGGUUAUUAACUAUUAAAAUGAAAUAAAUAAAUUUUUAAAGUGA